AUGCCAUCAGAAUUAAAAUUACAUAAAGAAAAACAUAUCCAAUAUAUUGACUCCCUAGAUAAGAAACAGUCCGAUUUUGAAUAUUGGUUAAGUGAGCACCUAAGAUUGAACGGUGUUUAUUGGGGGUUGACUGCUCUAUCUCUUUUAAAUGCCAAGGAUACAUUUAAAAGGGAAGAUGUUAUUAAAUUUGUUUUAAGCUGUUUUGAUGACCAGUACGGUGGUUUUGCUCCAUUCCCAAAACAUGAUGGACAUUUACUUUCAACUUUAUCAGGUCUUCAAAUUCUUGCUACAUACAAUUCGUUAGAUGCGUUGACAGUAAUAAGACGAGAAAAAUGUAUUAAAUUCAUCAAAGGCAAUCAACUUCCUGAUGGUUCUUUCCAAGGUGAUAGAUUUGGAGAAGUCGAUACAAGGUUUUCAUACAAUGCAUUGAGUUCAUUAUCUAUACUAGGGGAGCUAAGCUCUGAUGUAGUAGAUCCUGCUGUUGAUUUCAUUUUAAAAUGUUAUAAUUUUGAUGGUGGGUUUGGAUCGUGCCCAGGUGCUGAAAGUCAUUCAGCUCAAGUUUUUACCUGCCUUGGGGCCCUGGCAAUUGUCAAUAAAUUAGAUCGUCUAAGCGACCAUCAAAUAGAGGAAAUUGGGUGGUGGUUAUGUGAAAGACAACUACCGGAAGGUGGAUUAAAUGGGAGACCAAGUAAAUUACCAGAUGUUUGUUACAGUUGGUGGGUUUUGUCUUCUCUUGCAGUGAUCAAAAAAUUGGAUUGGAUAAAUUAUGAGAAAUUAAGAAAUUUUAUUCUGCAAUCGCAAGAUGAAGUUAAAGGUGGAAUUAGUGAUAGACCCGACAAUGAAGUAGAUGUCUUUCAUACUGUAUUUGGGUUAGCUGGUUUAAGUUUGAUGGGCUUCGAUGAUCUUGUCCCAAUAGAUCCAGCAUAUUGCAUGCCUUGCAGUGUCACGAAAGAGUUUAAAGUGUACCCAUAUUAG